AUGGACCAGAAGAAUGGCGGCGACCACAAGUCCGACGGCGAGUCCAAGCCCGCCAGCAAAGACCUCCACGCCCAGGCGCAUGCGCCAGACGACGCCAGCAGGACUCCCAAGAAGAGACGCAAGGUCAAUCAUGAUCACACGGCGACCUCGAUGCGGCCCCCCUCCUUCGACGCCGGCAUGGGUGCUGGCACAGGGCAGGCGGCCAAGUCUGCCUUUGACGCAAGUUCGCUGGGCCGGGGCAACCCCCUACAGCUCGUGCAACCUACGCCAGUCUCUGGGAUACAAGCCAAUACCUUGAACAGCAGCAACAUGAACCAAUUUGCCGGGUUUUCGGAUGCUUGGUUGACCGCCCAGAACCACUACCACGAUAUGCACAAUUAUCAUCCUAAUUACAUGAUUGCGCCGGAGGUCACUAACGAGUUCAACCUCCUCAAUGACUUCCUGCACAGUAGCCUUCUAGAUGACAAUGCUCUCCUACCGGAUGACCAGAACCAGCUUCUGAGAAACAACCAGAACGACAUGCUGCCUGGGCUGUUUAAUCAAGGCGGGUCCAACAACAAUCUGCUCCCUCCUAGCGCUCUGUCAGGGGGCUCUAUGCCGCCACCUAAUGCCGAACAGGGCAACGCCAUAUCUCGACCGGCCAGUGUUAUCCCUAUAGAUAAGGCGCGAGAGUACUACCUCCAGGCGGCUGAUCCAUCCGGCAAUGAUACGCCGGAAGAGCGUAUGCAGCGUGUGCUUAAAGCAAAGUAUGACGCCGGCUUGUUGAAGCCCUUCAACUACAUCAAGGGCUACGCGCGACUUUCAACAUAUCUCGAUAGCCACAUUGCUCCGGCUUCAAAACAGAAAAUUCUCCGACAGCUAGACCGCUUCAGGCCCAAAUUCCGUGAAAAGGUGCAGGCUUUAACCGAUAUGGAACUCAUCUACGUGGAGAUGUGGUUCGAGAAGACCCUCAUGGAGUACGAUCGCGUCUUUGCGAGUAUGGCUGUCCCAGCCUGCUGCUGGCGUCGAACAGGAGAAAUCUUCAGGGGCAACAAGGAAAUGGCCGAGCUCAUUCAUGUUCCAGUCGAGAGACUACGAGAUGGCAAAGUCGCCUUACAUGAGAUCCUCACGGAAGAGUCAGUCGUACGGUAUUGGGAAGAGUUUGGAACCAUUGCCUUCGAUCCCGCACACGAUACGUUGUUGACUGCCUGCUCGCUCAAGAAUCCGGACGACCAGUCAAAUGAUCCAAUCGUAAACUGCUGCUUCUCCAUCAAGAUUCGUAGAGAUGACCACAAGAUGUAA